CAUUCAGAAAUCAGAAACCUUCCGCCUUCCAUUGGUUCUCUCAGCUGCUGCUCACAGAGAGAGAGAGAGAGAGAGAUAUUAGCUGUUGACCCAGAGAUCUAGGGCUGCUUUGCAAGUCUAUAGAAUUCAGGGAAGAAAUCUUUAUCUUCUGCUCUUUCAAUUUUGCAACUUUUCGAUCUGGGUAAGUUUUCCAAUCUGUUUUUCCCCUUCAAUGAUCCACAAAUCAAUCCCAACAUUGGUUUGAAUUUUCUGUCUGCGAUUCUAGUCUCAUCAGAUGGAUAGCAAUUAUUCUUCGAUACCCAAAAGCUCUUACGUAGAAUUACAGCCUCAAUCUGAUUACCCUAACCCUUUAAACUCUCCAAGAAGUUCCUCUUUUAAUGGAGCCGGUUAUUUGAGAUCCAAGGACGUUGAAGGAGAAGAUAUUGAUGAUGAUUUUGAAACUGAUAUUGAUAAUUAUCCUCUUGUUGUUAGCGGGCCUAAUAGUGGUUCUGGGGUACCUGGGGCGGUCUUCAAUCUGACCACCACGAUCAUUGGGGCAGGGAUUAUGGCCCUCCCUGCCACGAUGAAAGUUCUUGGAGUGGUUUUGGGGAUCGUGUUGAUAAUUUUGAUGGGGAUUCUGUCAGAAAUUAGUGUUGAAUUAUUCCUGCGAUUUUCAAUUAUGUUUAAGGCAUCGUCCUAUGGAGAGCUAGUUCAACAUGCCAUGGGAAGACCGUCUAGGAUUUUGUCUGAAAUCUGUAUUAUAGUGAACAAUGCUGGUGUUUUGGUUGUUUAUCUGAUUAUCAUGGGGGAUGUUAUGUCUGGUUCUGUUCAUCAUUUGGGGGUUUUUGAUCAAUUAAUGGGAAAUGGCGUUUGGGACCAUAGGAAGCUUGUGAUUUUGGUCAUCACAGUGAUUUUUCUUGCACCACUUUGUUCUUUGGAUAAGAUUGACUCGUUAAGCUUGACUUCAGCUGCUUCUGUGGUUCUUGCUGUUGUGUUUGUUGUGGUGGCUUUUGUUGUAGCUUUUAUUAAGCUAGUCAAGGGGCAGAUUGAUGCUCCAAGGAUGGGUCCUGAUUUGAGCUCAAAACAGGCCAUAUUGGAUUUGCUUGUGGUGAUCCCAAUAAUGUCAAAUGCAUACAUUUGCCAUUUUAAUGUGCAGCCAAUAUACAACGAACUUAAAGAUAGAUCUCCUCAGAAGAUGAAUCGAGUAGGAAGGAUCACUGCUAUGUUAUGUAUCUUGGUAUAUGCUUCAACAGCACUAGCAGGCUACCUACUCUUUGGGAAGGAUACAGAGUCUGAUGUGCUGAUUAAUUUUGAUAAGGAUCUUGGAAUUCGUUUUAGCUCAGCCUUGAACUAUAUUGUCCGGAUUGGCUACAUUCUCCAUUUGAUACUUGUUUUUCCUGUCAUCCAUUUCUCCCUACGGCGAACAGUGGAUUCAUUGGUGUUUGAGGGAUCAGCACCUCUUUCAGAGAGCAGGAAGAGAUGUCUGGGGUUGACGGUGGUUCUGUUGAUCCUCAUUUAUAUUGGCUCUACCAUGAUUCCAAACAUUUGGUCUGCCUUCAAGUUCACCGGCGCAACAACAGCAGUGUCACUUGGAUUUAUUUUCCCACCUCUUGUUGCCCUGAGAUUAAGUCAUCAUGGUGGCUUGAGCUAUUUAGAAAGAUUUCUUUCGUGGUUAAUGAUGAUACUAGCUGUGAUUGUUAGCAUAGUUGGAGUCGUUGGCAAUGUCUAUAGCAUCAAAGAGUAAAUCUGACUGAAUCUUUGUUCAUGGUUGCUUUUGCCAUGAAUCAGACAGAACUAUGGUAGUUUUAGUUUACACGAAAUGCUUAGGCAAGAAAGGAGACUCUGUUCAUCGGUUCUGGUGCGAAAUGGAUUCAAAUUGCAGAAGUGUUGAGAAGAACCUUCAGGCUUAGGGUUGGCAAUUUGGACAAUAUGCUUGAUUUUCCCCUCAACCUCACUCAUGACAAGAGUUGCACAUAGAGGCUUCUAAAGGUUCAUUAUCUUUGUCAUUAUUAGUAUCAUUGUUGUUAUUAUUAUUAUUAUUUCUUACUGAUUCAGUUGGCUAUCAUAUCUUACUAUUUGGGGACUGGUGACUGGCUCAUUAAGCACCGGAAGUAUUUGUUGCGGAUUCAUUGUGGGCAUAUCUUUGCCGUAAUGAUAACUAUUAGUCCUUUAUGCUAGUCUUAUUCUCAUGUUCAUUCUUUUACAGAAGAGUGGCUUUGUACAUAUUGUGCGUAUUUUCAGGUUUA